GCGCGUUAACGAUUGACGAGGUGGCUGGAGGCACUGGGACUCUGCUCAUCCCGUGGGAUCCUUCUCCACCCCUGGUCGGGGUCCAUCGCCCCGUCCUGCCCCAGGUGGACUCGGCACCCUGUCCCCAAGGCUCUGGGACAAAGAGGGACAUCCCAUCGCUGUGGGACCAUGCUGGGUGCCAGGAGGCUCCCCAGCCCCACCGAGGCUCUGCCGGGCAGAACCCAGAGGAUGGUGGUGUCUGCCACUCACGCUGUUAACGGGAACCCCACUCUCCCACCUUUCCCCGCGGAGAUGCAGACGGCAAUUUUCGGCAUGGGGUGCUUUUGGGGUGCCGAGAGGCUCUUCUGGGAGAUGCCGGGGGUCUUCUCCACCCAGGUGGGCUACGCUGGAGGCUUCACCCCCAAUCCCACCUACGAAGAAGUGCGCACAGGGCUAACAGGGCACGCCGAGGUGGUGAGGGUGAUCUUUGACCCCCGGCAGAUCAGCUACGAAGAGCUCCUCAAAGUCUUUUGGGAGAACCACGAUCCCACACAAGGCAUGAAGCAGCAAGAGGAUGUGGGCACCCAGUACCGCUCGGUCAUCUACACGCAGGGCCCCUCGCAGCACACAGCCGCCCUCCGCAGCAGGGAGGGGUACCAGCGGGAGCUGAGGGAGCAGCAGCGUGGGGACAUCACCACCACCAUCGAGCCGGCGGGGGACUUCUUCUACGCUGAGGACCAUCACCAGCAGUACCUGCACAAGGGGUCCGGGGGGUCCUGCGGCCUCAGGGGGGUCACCUGCCCCACUGCCCCCUGAGGGGACGUGUCCCCAUGGAUCAGCACUGCCAGCGGGGUGGGCACACAGCCAGCCCCACACAUCACAGCCAGACCCACAGAUUACAGCCAGCCCUACAGGUUAUAGACAGCCCCACAAGUUACAGCCAGCCCCACACAUCACAGCCAGCCCCACAUGUCAUGCCCAGCCCCACACAUCACGGCCAGCCCCAUAGGUCACAGACAGCCCCACAAGUUAUAGCCAGCCCCACACAUCAUGGUCAGCCCCAAACAUUACAGCCAGCCCCACGGGUUAUAGGCAGCCCUGUAGGUCACAGCCAGCCCCACACAUUAUGCCCAGCCCCACACAUCACAGCCAGCCCCACAUGUCCCUGCUCCCCGUCGCCCCAGUGGGAUUAAAGCCCUGUACCCCCCAGUCCUGCCUGGUCCCCAGGGCGCCGCUGGGUGUCUCGGGGGUCCCUCAGCCUAUGGGGGCGCUGGGAUGGAGAGGGACCCCAAGCCUGGGCUCAAGAGCCUGGGAUGGGAUGAGGGGUCCAUGGAACUGGAGGUCUGGGGGUGCUUCUCUGGGGGGCAGUGGGGUUCCUGUCCCCUGUCUAUGGGGCAGUGGGGUCCCUGUCCCCUUACUUAUGGGUCUGUGCUGUCCAUGUCCCCUGUCUAUAGGGCGUUGGGGUUCCUGUCCCCUUACUUAUGGGGCUGUGCUGCCUCUGCCCCCUGCCUGUAGGGCGAUGGGGUCCCUGUCCCCUUAUCUAUGGGUCUGUGCUGUCCCUGUCCCCCUCUCUAUGGGUCUGUGCUGCCCCUGUCCUUCUGUCUAUGGGGCAGUAGGGUCCCUGUCCCCUUACUUAUGGGGCUGUGCUGCCCCU